CCCGCGGCGAGCGACCGCCAGGGGCCAUGAUUCGGCUAGGCUGCUGGUGUGCGCGGCGGCCCCGCGGCGCGGCGUUCCCGGCGGGGCGGCGCUGGGCGUCGGGCGGGCCGGCGGGCCGGGCGGGCGGCCGCUCCCUGCGGGUGCUGGUGGACAUGGACGGCGUGCUGGCCGACUUCGAGGGCGGCUUCCUCAAGAAGUUCCGCGCGCGCUUCCCCGACCAGCCCUUCAUCGCGCUGGAGGACCGGCGCGGCUUCUGGGUGUCCGAGCAGUACGGCCGCCUGCAGCCCGGCCUGAGCGAGAAGGCCAUUAGCAUAUGGGAAUCGGAAAAUUUCUUUCUUGACCUGGAGCCUCUACCGGGGGCUGUGGAAGCUGUGAAGCAGAUGGCCGAGCUAGAAAACGUCUCAUCACUCGUGCUUCCUUCUCUCAGCAUUUCCCCGUUCAGAUCCCAGAGGGGACAAUUGAUUGGCCCCGCUCACCGUUUGGCUCCGGCCUUGCAGAAGUGCCAUAGCACUGACGUGUUCAUCUGCACGAGCCCCAUCAAGAUGUACAAGUACUGUCCCUACGAGAAGUACGCCUGGGUGGAGAAGCACUUUGGCCCCGACUUCCUGGAUCAGAUCGUGCUGGCCACAGACAAGACCGUGGUCUCCGCCGACCUCCUCAUAGACGACCGGCCAGACAUCACAGGCAAGUGGCCUGCCGCAGGGGCCGAGCCGCACCCCAGCUGGGAGCACGUUCUCUUCACGGCCUGCCACAACCGGCACGUGCGGCUGCAGCCCCCCAGCCGCAGGCUGCACUCGUGGGCCGACGACUGGAAGGCCGUCCUGGACAGCAAGCGGCCCCGCUGAGCUGGACUGUGCUCUGGGCUUCUCCAUGGGGCCCCGACCUCAGGGCCCCUGGCUCAGCGCCUGGGGGGCUCGUGCUCCGGCCCGGGGGCUCCCUCUGGGACAUCCCAGGCCCACUGCAUGUCUCCCACCCUUCCCCCAGCCCUGCCAGGCCUUAAACUGAUCUCGGGGCAGGGCUGGCCCAGGGGCCCUGGACAAGACACGCGCACCCAGGGGUUGCCGGCUGGCCUCAGGGCUCCAGACCGGAAGGAGCCGAGGGUCCAGCAGGCCUCCCCCACCCUCAGGGAAGUCCCCUCGCCCGGGUCUGCGGCGUCGGCCAGGGUGCCAGCAGUGAGGUGCUUCCGGAGCAAGAGGGCCCCGAGCCCUCAUUCUGAGCUGCAGCCCCUUCCCUGCCUGCCUGCCUGGUCCCUGCUCCCCUCGGGACCCACCGUGGAUUCAGCAAACACCCCAGAUUCCAGGGCACACCGGUCUCCAGGCACCGCACGCCAUCCUGCCUUUGACCAGCUCAGAGGUGUCCUGUACCUCCGGCCCCGGGGCCGCUCGGGGCCGGCAGAGUCAGCAGCUGGAACGUCUGUUGAAGGCCUGGAAAAUAAAUGCUGUUCACGUA